AGUCCCAAGGUCGGCUCUUACGUGAGAUGGCGGGAACUUUACGAUAAAUUGCGAACUUCUUUCGUUACACGCGUAUUUUUGCGGAGAUUCAAAAUCAAGUACGGUUCUUAGGACGUGUAUUUUUAGUAUUGAAAAUAAGUAUUUGAUUUGAUUUUUUUAUGAAGUGAUUAAGAACUGAAGAACACCUGUUUUGUGUCAAGCGAGCACAAUGAAAAGGACUAUAUUCUCCGAACCGUUCGUGACCUUAGGUUCAAAAGUAAUGGAGAGAAAAGAAGCAAGGCACAGUCACAAGAGUAUGAAGUUAUAGACUAUUUCCAAUGUCGGGAAAACGGAAAAUGCCAUAGACAUGUACGGUCUUCUUGGCGCGGCUGCAACCUCGGCAUUGUUGCAGCUACUGUUAUCUAUCACAGCCGUGAGUGGCGUCAGCUGGGAGGAAUGGUGGACCUACGACGGCAUCUCAGGGCCAGCGUUCUGGGGCUUGAUCAACCCAGAAUGGUCCCUCUGCAACAAGGGCCGGCGUCAGUCGCCUGUGAACCUGGAGCCGGACAAGUUGCUGUUUGACCCCAACCUACGGUUCCUACACAUAGAUAAGCAUAGGAUAAAUGGACUGAUAAGCAACACGGGGCACUCGGUGAUAUUCACUGUGGAGAAUGAGACGCGACACCACAUCAACAUCACUGGCGGCCCGCUCUCCUACAAGUAUCAGUUUCACGAAAUACAUAUACAUUACGGGCUUCACGAUCAAUUUGGUUCGGAGCACGCCAUCAACGGAUAUUCUUUUCCUGCGGAGAUUCAAAUAUUUGGUUUCAAUUCGCAGCUUUAUUCAAAUUUCUCCGAAGCCCUGCACAAAGCACAAGGAAUUGUUUCGAUCUCGCUUCUCCUUCAGCUUGGAGAUUUAUCAAAUCCUGAAUUACGGAUUUUGACUGAAGAAUUAGAAAAUAUAAAAUAUGGAGGAGCAGAGAUGCCAAUAAACAAGUUGUCAGUGCGGGGCCUGCUGCCCGACACCGACUACUACAUGACGUACGACGGCUCCACGACGGCGCCCGCCUGCUUCGAAACCGUCACGUGGGUCAUCAUCAACAAGCCCAUCUACAUCACCAAGCAACAGUUACACGGGCUACGUCGGCUGAUGCAGGGCGACGCGCGUCACCCCAAGGCGCCACUCGGCAACAACUUCAGACCUCCGCAACCUCUCCAUCAUCGGGCGCUACGUACUAAUAUCGACUUCGACCUAACCAAGUAUCCUGGUAAAACUUGCCCGAGUAUGCAUCGAGACAUGCAUUAUAAAGCCAAAAGCUGGACUCAGUACUGAAGACUUCAAAAUUUAUUAUAACAACAAGUGUCUAUAAUAUAUGUUAAUUUACUUAGAAAACAAUGAAAAAUAAUUAGCUUUUAUUUUGUAUAUACUCUUGUACAGUCUUGUUAAAAAACUUUACUUCGUAUAAGUUAAAUAAACUGAAUGUAGAUUCGUUGAUAUUGUCAAAUUAAUAGCUGAUCAUGUCAUAUCAAUACUUACAUAAUCAAAGUUCACAUAGAGCCAUAUCCUUAUUGUGUAGUUCGAUAGAAUUACCGUAAAAAUGUAACAUAUAGUUAGUAGAAUAUAAUUAUAGGUAAAUUAUAGUUGAAAACAUCGGCCUCUUAAAUAACUUAAUUCAUACUUUCGGAUAGAUUUGCCCUCAACAUCGGGUCUGUUAUAUUUACGUAAUUAACAAAGUAGUGGACAUAGUAAUUAAGUAAUCGAUCGAAUGAGAACGGUUUUAUAUCUUGUACACGAGAACUAUAAAUUACGAACAAUACGUAUGUUUAUAAAAAUUAUAAAAUUAAAUUAUGUAAAAGCAUAAAUUUUAAUUAAUUUCUUGUUUACAGUGAUUUAAAAGUUACCUUAUUUUUAUAAAAAAAAAACAAUUAUCAGUAAAUUGAGAUAACAUUGAAGUGGAAAAUAACAGAACUAUGCUCUGGCAGGCAAGUAUGGUCGCGCGAUAAAUGA